AUUGGGCUGUCGUGGAAAUGCCGUAUAAUAGUAUAUGUAAACAACUCAGAAGGGAAAGAUCUUUACGAUAGUUAGUGGUAAAUAGCAAUCGAUUUUGUUUUGUUUUCUUUCUACAUAUAUAAAUUGUGCGUUCAACAUGGAAAACAAAAGCAAGGGAUUGACUAAAGUUAAAAAGAACUCCAAACCUUCGAGCAGCAGCCGUAGCGCAGAGCUUCUUGGUUCUCAAAAAUGUAUUGCAUUCCCUACACAAACCCAUAAAAAAUUACAAGCAAAUAACAUUGUACAAUUUGGCGAAAACUUUUUCGACGAUUCUCCCGCUAACAAAAAUCUUCAGAAUGUGAUACGAAAACUUAAUAAAAAAGACCCGACCACGAAAAAGAAGGCUUUGGAAGAGCUUAUUCAUGAUAUAAAUGCAGCGAAUGUUGAAGAUGUGUCUUCAAUUUUACCCUUGUGGACUAAGGUCUAUCUGGUUUUAGCCUAUGAUCCGAUACACAAUGUACGUGAGUUAACACAGGAAGUGCAGAAAUUAAUUGCUUCGAAAAGUAAACGCAUGAUGGCUCCAUAUCUUAAGCAGUUGAUCCCAGUUUGGAUAUUUUCUUGUUUUGAUAAUUAUACUGCAGCUGCUUAUGUGGCUCGCGCAAGCCUUUUUGACACUUUUAAAGCAAACCGAAUUCAGGAAGUUUGCUUACAUUGUCAGUUAGAGAUCCUCGAAUAUGUGCGAAGCAAUCUUUUAGAAUCCUUGGAUAAAAAAAUGUUAGCUGAGAACUAUUUCUGCCAAAAUAAGGUUUAUGGGAGCCUUGAAGUACUUUCAUUUUUUACCGAACAUACCAUUACAGCGGAGUUAUCUUCGGAAUCGUAUAUAAUAUUGCGCUCGAUUCUUGAACAUAAAAGUUUUUGGGCCUAUGGAAAAAGCGGUGCAAAGUCAACGAGGGUAGCAUGGUUUAAAGUCAUCACCAACCUGAUUCAGACAACAUCUUGCAGCGAUAUACUUCUUAAAUGGAAAUGGGAGAUCAUUGAAAUAUCUUUUAAUGCAAUCGACGACUGUGAUCGAAGGUUGUCCUGCCAAGUUUGGAAUUGUGUAUUAGUUAUACAAUCAACAUAUGCGGAUUGGCAUAAAAAUGUGGACCUCAAGGUUACGAUUCAACCGAAGUUAUCUUCCAUAUUUCAAAAUAACUUUUUUAAUAACUACGAAAACAUCUGCCCUAAACUUUUAUCGUUUUGUUCGGCAAUAAUAUCGGCCUACUAUAAUAUUGAAAACUGGCAUUUAUUUUUCGAGCAGUUUUUAAGCGAUUUUAAACAGAUGUUUUCUUCACAAACGUUGAAUGCUCGUGAAAAAGAGCACAAAAUUAUUUUUAAUGCAUAUUUUGAUUGCUUGAGCUUUGUACUAAAUAAACUGAAUGGUACUGAAAAACAGUCUGAAGAGAAGGAGAAACUUCUAUUGGAAUUUAUGCAAAGAAAUAUAAUCCAACCCAUCGAAUGGUUAAUAAAUGCUAAUGAAAAUGCGACAGAAAAGUUAUUUUUUGACUUAACUGUCAAAAUGUUAAGUGAUAUCAAACCAAAUAGUCAAAACGAAGGUCGGCUACCCGAAAAUCUACUGAUUAUUUUUUGGACAGCGAUAUUUGAUUUAAUAUCUUCCUUAAUGUCUGGUCAAGAACAUUAUCCUCAAGGAAUUAUUAAUUUAUUUGAAAAUCUUGUCGGUUUGAAUGAAAGAAGCGUAAAUUCAGAACUAAAAUACGGAAUAAUGGAAAAAGACAUUGAAAGUAAAUUAAAGAAAGUGGCUGCAGAAUUGGUUUACCAUUGUUUAAGAAGAAUCGCUAAUAAAGAUAGUCCAAAAUGUGUUAAGCACGUGUUAGCUAUUGUAAACACGUUUCCAGAUUCUGAUUCUGAAUUCUUUGAAAAUAUAGCUAAAAAAUGCGAUAUAGUAGAGGCGAUUAAAAUAUUUUUUGAAGUAAUACCUACAGUGGAGAAAGAAAUGUAUAAAGAUGUUGCCGAGGUCAUUUUUAAAUUUCUCAAUUGUCUGGACGAGGACCAGCAGUUCACAGUCAUUAAGACGCAUAUAUUUUCAAUCCGUUCGAGUACUAUGCAAAUUUUAAUCUUAGAGCAAUUAUUUCUGCAAUCAUUAAACAUAGGAAAAAACAAAGAAUUGUUGUUAUCUUGUCCAGAAAUAAGAGAAUUACUAAUUAAAUUAACAAAAAGCCUUUUAAUUAACAAGCCAAAAGAAACUAUUAAUUGGUUGAAUAAACUAUUUUUGCAAAAUGGAGAUGGCAAGUUUUACGUAGGAUCAAAAACAGUCGAUACAUUGGUUUGUACAAUAUUUGAAUCUACUGAAAUAGAAGAGAAGAGGGAAAGAAUUGAACUAUCUGCCGAUAUUAUAUUACAACUAAUCCCAAAACUAUUUUCAUUAGAAAAUGUCUUAAUUGAAACGAAACAAAAAAUCUUUUUGAAGUUGUUCACAUUCAUAUUGCAAAAGUCUGCUGAUAGUUUACUAACAGAGGAUGCGCUUCUUAAACUGACGUUGUGUUGGGAGAACAUACUGUGUGAUGAAAAUAUUGUGACUGAAAACAUAAUUUCAGAGUGCACAACGAAUUUGCGAUUUCAAAAAAAAAUUACCAUUGCAAGUACAUUGAAAUGUGCAGAUUUAGCAAUCCGACUUAUAGUAGAUACUACUAGAAAAAGCACAACAAAUGAAACGAGAUAUACUACAUUAAACAAUCGAGUUCGUAUGAUUGUAACCACCAACGACAUAUCUGAAUUGCAAGAGCAAUUGAGUUACUACACUUCGUCCAUAGAAGCGAUAAAAGGGAUAAUUUCCACCAAAGAAGAACUGAGGUAUCAAUAUUUCAACAUGAAGAAUGUUAGCACUAUCUUACAACGUGCACUGUUAAAUGUAUAUAUUAUAAAAGGAAUGUAUAAUAAUUUAAAUAAUGAGGAGCUAGAAGAAGAAAGUGCAAUAGCUUGCAACUUAUGUCAUGAACUACUAAAUUGUAUAUACAUCACCUCAACUGUUGAAAGUGUACUUCAAAUUCAAACGGAGGAAAGUAAUCUUGCUCUCUUCGUUAAAGAACUUCAAGAUCAAAUAAAGACUAUACUACAAAAUGAGACUACUCUGUCAGAAAAGACGCACGAUAUGCUCAUUCAUAACGCUAAGACCAAUAAAACUAUUUCACAUUCCCGAUCCUUACCCAUUCUCAUUUCACAUCAUCGAUUUGCGCAGUUUGAAGAAAGUGCCGCAAUCAUCUUUAUAGAGGAAAUGUUCAAACAUUUUUGUAAUGAAGAGGACUUAAGUGUUUAUAUCAACGUCUUGCAGUAUCAAAUACCAGAACUAAGUCAUAGAAGUGUAUCGAUUAACAAUAUUUUCCAUUGUGCAAAGUCAACCGACAUUUGGCUCAAAUGCUCAGCACUACGCUGUCUCGUCAUAAAUUAUUUUAAGCACAAUGAAAUGGAAGCAGCUGAUAAGGUAAUAUCUGGACAAUUAUUGGGCUUCGCUCGAGAAAUAAGUGAAAAGCUUCUAACUGAAAAGGCUGGAAUAUAUGAUACGGAUAUAAAUAAGCUCAGCUAUAUUGAAGUUGUUGAGUUAAUAGAAUAUAUUCGGUUGCUAACAGAGAUGCUGAAAAACAUGCCGUGGUGUCUGGGCAGUAAGGAGUGGGAUAGCAUUACAAUUGGCUUGAGUUCGUGGGUGCCGAGCAUUCUCAAAUCUGCAAAAAAUUUGAAAAUACCACAGGUGGCAUUAUUUACGGUACAUGUUUGCAAGUUAUUUUCCACAUUCGUGGGAUUCAUGAACGCAGAAAAGAACAGCAGCUCAACCUUAUUGGUUAAAAAGACUAUUGAUGAGUGGUGUUCACUAUUUGCAAAAGAUGUGAAUUGCAAAUUAUUCCAAUCAUUUUAUGAACUACUAAAGAUUCAAGAGAACUUCACAACGGAGUACUUUUCAUUGAUUUUCAGCGAAAUAAGACCAUCGAUAUUACAUUUGGAUUUGGACGCAGUUUACUUGUUUUGCAAGAACUCAUCGAAUAUUAAUUUGAAAAACAUGUUCGAUACUCUGCUCCAAAACUUCUCUAAUCCCAAUAUCAUUGUGAGAAGGACGUGUUAUUACAUAUUACGAGAAUUAACCAAUUUCUACGUCGUUGACGAUAGUAAGAACAUCCACUCCGUUGAUAACGACUUAAAACAUUGUGAAAAAACUCAACACUUUUUGCAAUUAUUUGAAAGCUUUAUAAUAUCCCAACAGCCGUAUGUUGAUAAGUAUUUACUGGAAUUCAGCUUUAAAAUCACAGAAAUAGAUGAAUUCUCGAAAAUCGACAGAGAAAAGGCUUUUACUUACCUACUGAUGUGGGACUGUAUAAUACAUGCUUGUGUCAAAUCACCAUUGGCUAUGCGUACUAUUUACACAUCAUGGCUAUAUGAAAACAAAUUUUUUGAGAAAUUUUUACAUUUUGUAAUACGUUUGAUGCCGAUAGAAAUUUUGAAAAACCAUGACAAUAAAUUUCUACCAAGCGAAAUUUUCAACAUUCUCUCCUGGGAAAAACUUAACGAUGAAAACUUAACUCUUGAAAGAUAUGCCUGCCAUUUAUAUACUGAGGUUUUAAAAAAACUACCAGCCGUAGUUCGCAAGUGGUGGAAUAUAUCUUCAUCUCGCCAAAAAACUUUUGUGGACAGACUGACUACAAAUUUCGUAUCACCUUUAAUCUGCGAAGGAGAGUUGUCAUCGAUAAGCGCUAAUAAAGAGAAAAAUGAAAAUAUGCAAGUGACAGUUCAUUUCUCCACCAGAGAAGUAAUAGCAGUUUAUUUCAUUGAUGAAGUUCGAACGGAACUAACAAUUGUUCUUCCAUCUAAUUAUCCGUUGGGUCCGGUAAAAGUUGAUUGUGGAAAAAAUAUUGGUGGGCGUUUAUCGUCGCGCAAUGACGCCUUGCAAUUGGCUUUAUUCUUAAAUCACCAG